GAAGCGUAAAGUAACGUUGAUUUCAAUGGUCUCAAUAAGUAUUUUGAUCUAAUCCAAAUCUACAGCAUCCUAGUUGCUACAUUGCACCAGGUUGUGCUGUAGCCCAUUCAGUGUGUUUCUUCCUGGAGGCUGAAGGUCCAACAAGGGCAAGAUGUUUCUGUAUAACCUCACUCUUCAGAGGGCCACGGGCAUCACACAUGCCAUCCAUGGCAACUUCUCAGGAACCAAGCAACAGGAGAUUGUUGUUUCCCGUGGGAAGAUUUUGGAGCUGCUGCGCCCUGAUGCCAAUACUGGCAAAGUUCACACCCUUCUCACCAUGGAGGUGUUUGGCAUUAUCCGCUCCCUCAUGGCCUUUAGACUGACUGGUGGAACCAAAGACUAUGUGGUGGUGGGCAGUGACUCUGGGCGCAUUGUUAUUUUGGAAUACCAGCCCUCCAAGAACAUGUUUGAGAAGAUUCAUCAGGAGACCUUUGGCAAGAGCGGCUGCAGACGCAUCGUCCCAGGGCAGUUCCUUGCCGUCGACCCCAAAGGCAGAGCCGUAAUGAUUGGCGCCAUAGAGAAACAGAAGCUGGUGUACAUUCUGAACAGAGACGCCGCCGCACGACUGACCAUCUCCUCUCCUCUGGAGGCUCACAAGGCCAACACGCUGGUCUACCACGUGGUCGGGGUGGACGUGGGCUUUGAGAAUCCCAUGUUUGCCUGUCUGGAGAUGGACUACGAGGAGGCGGAUAACGACCCGACGGGCGAGGCAGCCGCUAAUACCCAGCAGACGCUGACCUUCUAUGAGCUGGACCUGGGCCUGAACCACGUGGUCCGCAAAUACAGCGAAGCUUUAGAGGAGCACGGCAACUUCCUCAUCACAGUCCCUGGCGGUUCUGAUGGACCCAGUGGAGUCCUCAUCUGCUCUGAGAACUACAUCACCUACAAGAACUUCGGUGACCAACCUGACAUCCGCUGUCCAAUCCCACGCAGGAGGAAUGACCUGGAUGACCCUGAGCGUGGGAUGAUCUUUGUGUGCUCUGCCACACAUAAAACCAAGUCCAUGUUUUUCUUCUUGGCUCAGACAGAACAGGGAGACAUAUUCAAAGUGACCCUGGAGACAGACGAGGAGAUGGUCACAGAAAUUCGGAUGAAGUACUUUGACACCAUCCCUGUUACCAUGGCGAUGUGCGUGCUGAAAACAGGCUUCCUUUUCGUCGCCUCAGAGUUUGGAAACCAUUACCUCUAUCAGAUUGCUCACCUUGGUGAUGAUGAUGAUGAACCAGAGUUUUCGUCUGCCAUGCCACUGGAGGAAGGUGAUACAUUCUUCUUCCAGCCCCGCCCACUCAAGAACCUUGUACUUGUGGAUGAAUUGGAAAACCUCUCCCCUAUCAUGUCCUGCCAGAUUGCUGACCUGGCAAAUGAAGACACCCCUCAGCUGUAUGUAGCCUGUGGACGAGGACCGAGGUCUACCCUGAGGGUUUUGAGACAUGGUCUUGAGGUGUCAGAAAUGGCUGUGUCAGAACUUCCCGGUAACCCCAACGCUGUGUGGACCGUCAGAAGACACGUUGAAGAUGAAUUUGACGCUUACAUCAUCGUGUCUUUCGUCAACGCCACUCUGGUUUUGUCUAUCGGAGAGACUGUGGAGGAAGUGACUGAUUCUGGUUUUCUGGGUACAACACCCACCCUCUCUUGCUCUUUACUGGGAGAGGAUGCUCUGGUCCAGGUAUAUCCAGAUGGGAUCCGUCACAUCCGGGCUGAUAAGCGUGUGAAUGAGUGGAAGACUCCAGGGAAGAAGACCAUUGUGCGCUGUGCUGUAAACCAGAGACAGGUGGUCAUUGCUCUUACUGGAGGAGAGCUGGUGUAUUUUGAGAUGGAUCCAUCAGGGCAGCUGAAUGAGUACACAGAGAGGAAGGAGAUGUCUGCAGAUGUGGUGUGCAUGAGCUUGGCCAACGUUCCUCCUGGUGAACAGCGUUCCCGUUUCUUGGCCGUGGGAUUGGUGGACAACACCGUCCGAAUCAUCUCCCUCGAUCCCUCCGACUGCUUGCAGCCACUGAGUAUGCAGGCCCUGCCUGCCCAGCCAGAGUCACUGUGUAUUGUUGAAAUGGGAGGAGUGGAGAAACAGGAUGAGCUCGGAGAGAAAGGCAGCAUUGGAUUCCUCUACCUGAACAUCGGCUUACAGAAUGGUGUUUUGCUCCGGACUGUUUUGGACCCGGUGACUGGAGACCUGUCUGAUACCCGAACCCGUUACCUGGGCUCUCGACCCGUUAAGCUCUUCAGGGUCCGCAUGCAGGGCCAGGAGGCGGUCUUGGCCAUGUCCAGUCGAUCAUGGCUGAGUUACUCCUACCAGUCGCGUUUCCACCUCACUCCUCUGUCCUAUGAAACACUGGAGUACGCCUCUGGGUUUGCUUCUGAGCAGUGUCCAGAGGGAAUCGUAGCCAUCUCCACAAACACCCUGAGGAUUCUGGCUCUGGAGAAAUUGGGCGCAGUCUUUAACCAGGUUGCUUUUCCCCUUCAAUAUACGCCACGCAAGUUUGUCAUUCACCCAGAAACAAACAACUUGGUUCUGAUCGAAACAGACCACAACGCUUACACGGAAGCCACCAAAGCCCAACGAAAACAGCAGAUGGCAGAGGAAAUGGUCGAGGCUGCAGGGGAAGACGAACGAGAACUUGCCGCCGAAAUGGCCGCCGCUUUCUUGAACGAGAACCUUCCGGAAGCGAUCUUUGGGGCUCCAAAGGCUGGUUCAGGCCAGUGGGCUUCACUGGUCAGACUGGUCAACCCCAUCCAGGGCACCACCCUUGACCUGGUCCAGCUGGAGCAGAAUGAGGCUGCAUUUAGUGUGGCUGUUUGCCGCUUUGCCAGUGGAGGUGAUGACUGGUAUGUGUUGGUUGGUGUAGCCAGGGACAUGAUCCUCAAUCCUCGAUCUGUUGGAGGCGGGUACAUCUACACCUAUCGGAUGGUGGGCGGUGGAGAAAAACUGGAAUUUUUACACAAGACACCCGUGGAGGACGUACCUCUGGCUAUUGCCCCGUUUCAGGGCAGAGUGCUGGUUGGUGUGGGGAAACUGUUGCGUAUCUAUGACCUUGGCAAGAAAAAACUGCUCCGCAAGUGUGAGAACAAGCAUAUCCCUAACCUGGUGAGCGGAAUCCACACCAUCGGACAGCGUGUUAUUGUGUCUGACGUCCAGGAGAGCUUGUUCUGGGUCCGUUACAAACGCAACGAGAACCAGCUUAUCAUCUUCGCCGACGACACACACCCUCGCUGGGUGACUACGGCCUGCCUGCUCGACUAUGACACCAUGGCUGCAGCUGACAAGUUUGGAAACAUCAGCAUUGUGCGUCUGCCUCCUAACACCAGUGAUGAUGUGGAUGAAGACCCCACGGGAAACAAGGCAUUGUGGGAUCGUGGUCUCCUCAACGGGGCCUCUCAGAAAGCCGAGGUGAUCGUGAACUACCACAUUGGUGAGACAGUGCUGUCCCUUCAGAAGACCACACUCAUCCCCGGAGGCUCUGAGUCGCUGGUCUACACCACUCUGUCAGGGGGCAUCGGCAUCCUGGUCCCCUUCACUUCCCAUGAGGACCAUGACUUCUUCCAGCACUUAGAGAUGCACAUGCGCUCUGAAUUUCCCCCUCUCUGUGGCAGGGAUCACCUGAGCUUCCGCUCCUAUUACUUUCCCGUCAAGAACGUGAUUGACGGGGACCUGUGCGAACAGUUUAACUCCAUGGACCCUCACAAACAGAAGAGUGUGGCUGAAGAAUUGGACCGAACACCUCCAGAAGUCUCUAAGAAACUAGAAGACAUCCGCACACGAUACGCCUUCUAAAACCAUCUCUCGCGCAUUUCUCCAACCCACUCAGAAACGUGUGUGCGGUCUUUUUAUUAGACUUGUAAGGACAGCUCUCUCUGUCUCUCAAGAAUGACUCAAGAUCAUUCAACAAGUAACUUAUUCGCUCAUUUCAGAAAACCUUCUUUUUGGAAGUUACCUUCACGCACACACGCCCACACCUCCAGCGUAAAUUUUAUGACGGCACAAGUGUCUUCUUCUGGAAAUCCAUUGCGGGCAAUAAUUGUUAUAAAGUGAUUUUAUGCUGAAGUAAGUGUGCUUUACCAGAGAGAACUAAGCCAAUGUCUUUUGUUGAUUGUGUAGGCACUGACUUCAGCAGUUAGUGUUGUUUUUGAGGUCUUGUAAUGGCUUGUUUACCAGCCACAGUGGUAACUGAAUGGGACUAAAUGGGCUUUCUUAUUGUACGACUGGCACAAAAUGUCCAGAGAAUCUUUCAGUAUGUUUUGCUUAUGUGAAGAAAUGGAUAGUUUGAAUACCAUGGAAGGACUGAAAUGGCUUUUCUUUUCUCUGGAGGAUUGAAUUUGUAUGAUAGCAUGUGGGGGAUGUGUGUGGUUUUUUUUUGGUUUUUUUUUUUUGGUCUUUCUUUCUUUUUUCCCCCUUUAGUGUUUUGGUCACUGAUUUGAUAUUUUUUUAAAGUCAUAGAUACUCAAUGCUCAAGCUCUGUCAAAUGAUCAGUUAAAAAAAUUGUACUUGAUAAAAUAUGGCAACCUUUUGU